UUGAGCACUUGAAAGAGGCACGGGUUCUGAGGCUGGAAGGACGCACUGGUAGGACAGGUGGGAGGGUUCCAAAGGUUUGACACGGUGGUGGUGAUUUGUGUGACCCUGAGCCAGUUACAUCACGGCUCUGGAAGUCUUAUGUGUAAACGGGAGGGGUUGGGCCUCGGAGCCAUCCUUGGGAGUAAAAGUGUUGGGUCCUCAGAGGGAGGAUGGGGUUGUGCAGAUUGGCUGUACACAUGUCUUCCUGAGCCCCUGGAGGUGAGGAGGAACCAACAGGGUGCUCAAACAACCGGGCAGGUGGUAAAAGGACCUGGUGUAGGGUGGGAAAGUGAAGAAGUGGGGUUCCUAGGAAAUCACUGGGGCUGGUAGCUAGCUGCUAGGAUCUCAAGGACUUCGAAAGCAUAUGAAAACUGGGGCUAUGAUGAUUCGAAGUGUGUGGGGAGUACACACUGAAUAUUGCAAAGGAGAGGAGGGAUUGGAUGGAGUCUGUGUUCCAGGCACCAAACUCAAAAUCAGCUGGAUAUUUGAGAGGUCCAGGUUUCCCGGUGCUGGAUUCACCUCACAGGUUGCAGAAGGCUAAAAAGCCAGAAUGACAAGCCAUCGUAAGAGCUCAUAUUUGAACCCUGAGGACAUACUAUAAGGCAAUUUAGUGAAGUUUAGUAGCUUCUGAGCCUUAGUGGGUCCUUGUAGAAUGGGGAUAAUAAUACCCAUCUCACAGGAUUGUUCUGAUGGUUAAAGAAGAUAAUGUAUAUAAAGUGGUUAGCACAAUGCCUGGGUCAUGUUUUAAAUUUUUAGCUAAAAAAUGCCUGAAGGAUGACAAAACAACAGUGAUAGGGCAAGAGAUUGGUGUGAAUGCUGUGGUUGGAAACUACUUUCACAUUCUCAAGUUUUUCUGCCAAGUUUUGGUGACUCCCUCCGCAUUUCCUUCUUCCUGGUUCUGAUUUUCCGGCACCAGCCCCAAACCCCCAUUCCACCCUUUUAUCCCUCUCCCCAGGAUUCAGGCCCCAGGCUGGGCCAUUUGUUCUGUCCCAGUAUGAUUUCCUCAUCCUAGACUAUUCUCUCUACUCCUCCUCCCUCUCUCUGCUGCCAUAGUAACAAGAGAUUCAGGCUCUGAAGGGGGCCUCUCUGAAGGAGCAAAGGUGCGUGUUCUCUUACAGAACCUGGGCCUCCAACUUCCCCAACCUAGCUCUUCGGGAUCAGGGCAGCAAAUGUGUACAAUUUGGAAGAGGAGAAAACCCAUUCCCAGGAGCUGUAGAAACAAGCCGAGGGGAGCGAGGAUGCGAGUUUGGAGAAGAGAAUCAGGCAUAGGGGCGGGGGAGGAGGACCCCUUCCUUCUAAUCCUCUCUCCAGGAAUCCCUGGCGUUGGGACAGGACGGCUGUCGUUGGGUUGGGGGUGGCGUCCGGGCUGGGUGCAUGUCCUGGGCCACCAGCCAAGAGAACAUGGUGUUCCCAAGUGCGCUGGCUGCCUCCUUCUUGGGCUGGCCGCCUCCCAAACCGCUGCCUCUCCAACCUCCCUGCCCCACAUUCCCCGGCUGCUUCGCCCCGCCCCCUUCCUCCGCUUUGACGUCACCUCUGUCUCCCGCCCCCUCUCCUCCAUUGACGGCAGCAGGGCCUGGUUACUGUGGGGACGGUGAGGCAGGACAACCAGGGCUCUGAGAGCAGGUGAGGGCUACUGGAGCGCCGGCCCCUUUUGUCUAUGCAAGAAAUAAAUAAGGAGGUGGGAGAGCAAGGACUGCCUGUAUCCCGGGAGAUCACACCUAAAUCCCUGCGGAGAGCUGGGGAGAAAGAAAAAUGAUGUUUCCAGAGAAGAGGUGUCUGAAUAUGAGACAAGGGACAGGGCCACAGUAUGUGAGUUGGGGGUACAUUUUCAGGGAGACGAGACUGAAAAUCUGGGCUCCUGAAUCCUUUCUUUCCUGUUUUUUUGCUUUGGUUUUUCUAGGUUAUUUUAUAACCCCCCAUCCCCACCCCCCAGCUUUUCCAUAGAGCCUUCCCACUGGCCCUCCAAUGGGAAACACCAUUGUUAAGGAAAGCGUAAGCCACGUGACAGUGAGGGGCAUGCACCCACAGCUGAUUAUGUCAGCAUCAGCUUGGGGGCCUCUUCACUUGCCACCCACAUCUCCAGGGAGCCCUGAGAGGAACUACUCAUCACAGUUCUGGAUGGAGAGGUCUGUGUAACUGCAUCUCUCCUGGACCCAGCCUAGCACUUUAUCCCCCAAAUCAGGCCUCUGUUCUUUUUUUAGGACUCAAUGUUCUGCUCCCCCUUCUUUUAAAUAGGCUAUAAUUUUCAGCCCAUUCUCCAUUGCUGAAACCCCUUUCCCUCCCCUAUCUAUCCUUGUUAACGACAAAAAUCACCGUUUUUAUUGGUUCUGUCCUGGGGGCUGGGGAAUAGUGAAGGAGACAGAUGAUGUCCUUGGCUUUCUCUUUUCCUAGUGGUGGGUAUCUGAAGCCCUUGCCACCCCACCUUUAUCUAGGGUCCCAGUUGGUCUUUUCUCUCAGCCACCCCCUUUGUUCCGCUGUAACUCUGGCUUCCUUACCUCCCACCCCCCGACUUUGGGGGCAGCCCUAACUGUGGGUGUCUGCAUCCUCUGGAGAGAAGCACUAGUCACCCAACCCACAACCCCUGGCUGCCCGGAGACCUUUUCUCUGAUUGGCCCCAGAAGCACCCAUUAUUUUUCUUCACAGCCCCUACUGGUUCUGACUGUCCCUUCUAUUGUUUGUCUCCUUCCCGCAACUCCAUCACACGUGGGCCAUCAAUUGCCCUUCUAGCUAGCUGUUCACAGGAUUUCAAGUGUCAAAGGAAAGGGCUGGGUAAAAGGGCUUUAUUAUGACAAGGUUGAGGAAGAGAACCCAGUAACGACCAGGCGAGUUUUCUGUCUGUCCCCCUCCUCCCAGGGACCAGCCAUUAUUACCCAGCUUGGCCCAUCUCCCAGCGUCUGCAUUUUUUUUUACCCCACCCCUAGGAAGGCCAAGGUGUUCUGUUCUGCAAGGCUGGUCAGUUCAGGAAGUAGAUAUCUCUUAGGCACCUACCGUGGCCCUGGCAUUUUCCCGGAAGAGAAGGGCAGCUUACUUUCCCCUCGUUUCCCCUCUCAUCCCCUCUCUUUUAGUAUUUACUGUACAAGGCGUCCUGCGCCCAUUGGCGGGGCGGUGGUGUCUGGGGCCCUUCAGCUCAGUGCCAGCACCCAGAUCCACGUGCGCCCGUGUGUGUGACACAGCCCUGACCUCAGUAGGGGCCAGUAGCCAAUCAGGCUCCAGGACGAGAUCCAGCCAGUCGGGGGCGGGGCCUGUGGCUCCGCUGGCGGGAGGCCAAUGAGGGGCAGUGCUUGGCAUUAUGCAACCCGCCUCCUGUCCCCCCGGAGCUUCCACUCCGUUGCGGGCUGCAACAGCGGCGGGCAGGCGACUGGAGGGCGCUCGCGCAGACAGGUACUGGCAGUGGUCGAACUUCUAAACCCUCAGAGGCUUGGGUCUCCCACCUCAUCCCCUAGCCAGGCCUCCCGGCCCCCUUGUGUAUCCGUUGUGGCCUCCCUGCCAUCCCUGUUCUCUGCCUGCUCUCCCCAUGGCGCAGACAUGAGUGGUCCUCUAGAAGGGGCUGAUGGGGGAGGGGACCCCAGGCCGGGGGAAUCCUUUUGUCCUGGAGGGGCCCCAUCCCCUGGGCCUCCACAGCACCGGCCUUGCCCGGGCUCCAGCUUGGCUGAUGAUACAGAUGCUAACAGCAAUGGCUCAAGUGGCAAUGAGUCCAAUGGGCCCGAGUCCAGAGGUGCAUCUCAGCGGAGCUCACAUAGUUCCUCCUCUGGUAAUGGCAAGGAUUCCGCCCUGCUGGAGACCACUGAGAGCAGCAAGAGCACAAAUUCUCAGAGCCCAUCCCCACCCAGCAGUUCCAUUGCCUACAGCCUCCUUAGUGCCAGUUCUGAGCAGGACAACCCAUCUACCAGUGGCUGCAGCAGUGAACAGUCAGCCCGGGCAAGGACCCAGAAGGAACUUAUGACGGCGCUGCGGGAGCUCAAGCUUCGGCUGCCGCCAGAGCGCCGGGGCAAAGGCCGCUCUGGGACCCUGGCCACGCUACAGUAUGCACUGGCCUGUGUCAAGCAGGUUCAGGCCAACCAGGAAUACUACCAGCAGUGGAGCCUGGAGGAGGGUGAACCUUGUGCCAUGGACAUGUCCACCUACACCUUGGAGGAGCUGGAGCAUAUUACGUCUGAGUACACGCUUCGCAACCAGGAUACCUUCUCCGUGGCUGUCUCCUUCCUGACAGGCCGAAUCAUCUAUAUUUCGGAGCAGGCAGGUAUCCUGCUACGCUGCAAGCGGGAUGUGUUCCGGGGUGUCCGCUUUUCAGAGCUCCUGGCUCCCCAGGAUGUCGGCGUCUUCUAUGGUUCCACUGCUCCAUCUCGCCUGCCCACCUGGGGCACUGGGGCCUCCGCAGGUUCAGGCUGUAAGGACUUCACUCAGGAGAAGUCUGUCUUCUGCCGUAUCAGAGGAGGUCCUGACAAGGAUCCAGGGCCUCGGUACCAGCCAUUCCGCCUGACCCCAUAUGUGACCAAGAUCCGGGUGUCAGAUGAGACCUCCGCGCAGCCAUGCUGCCUGCUCAUCGCAGAACGCAUCCACUCGGGUUACGAAGCUCCCCGGAUCCCCCCCGACAAGAGGAUCUUCACCACUCGACACACACCCAGCUGCCUCUUCCAGGAUGUGGAUGAAAGGGCUGCCCCACUGCUAGGCUACCUCCCUCAGGACCUCCUGGGGGCCCCAGUACUCCUGUUCUUGCAUCCCGAGGACCGACCCCUGAUGCUGGCUAUCCACAAGAAGAUUCUGCAGCUGGCUGGUCAACCCUUUGAUCACUCUCCUAUCCGUUUCUGUGCCCGUAAUGGAGAGUAUGUCACCAUGGACACCAGCUGGGCUGGCUUUGUGCACCCCUGGAGCCGCAAGGUAGCCUUUGUGUUGGGCCGCCACAAAGUACGCACGGCACCCCUGAAUGAGGAUGUGUUCACUCCCCCGGCCCCCAGCCCAGCUCUGUCCCUGGACCCUGAUAUCCAGGAGCUAUCUGAGCAGAUCCACCGGCUGCUGUUACAGCCUGUGCACAGCCCCAGCCCCACAGGGCUCUGUGGAGUUGGCCCUGUGACUUCCCCAGGCCCUCUCCUCAGCCCUGGCUCCUCCAGUGAUAGCAAUGGGGGUGAUGCAGAGGGACCUGGGCCUCCUGCCCCGGUGACCUUCCAGCAGAUCUGUAAGGAUGUGCAUCUGGUGAAGCACCAGGGGCAGCAGCUUUUUAUUGAGUCCCGGGCUCGGCCUUUGCCUCGGCCCUGCCUCCCUGCUACAGGCAAGACCAAGACCAAAACCCUUCCCUGCCGGUCCCCAGACCCAGAGCUGGAGGCAGCCCCUGCUCCAGUGCAGGCCCCACUAACGCUGGCCCCUGAGGAGGCUGAGAGGAAAGAAGCCCCCAGCUGUUCCUACCAGCAGAUCAACUGCCUAGACAGCAUCCUCAGGUACCUGGAGAGCUGCAACAUCCCUAGCACGAUUAAGCGUAAAUGUGCCUCCUCCUCCUCUUGCACCGCCUCCUCAUCCUCUGAUGAUGACAAGCAGAAGACAGGUCCAGUCCCUGUGGGGACCAAGAAAGAUCCAUCGGCAGUGCUGUCUGGGGAGGGGGCCACCCCUCGGAAGGAGCCGGUGGUGGGAGGCACCCUGAGCCCGCUCGCCCUGGCCAAUAAGGCGGAGAGCGUGGUGUCCGUCACCAGUCAGUGUAGCUUCAGCUCCACCAUCGUCCAUGUGGGAGACAAGAAGCCCCCGGAGUCGGACAUCAUCAUGAUGGAGGACCUGCCUGGCCUGGCUCCAGGCCCAGCCCCCAGCCCAGCCCCCAGCCCCUCAGUAGCCCCUGACCCAGUCCCAGAUGCCUACCGCCCUGUGGGCCUGACCAAGGCCGUGCUGUCCCUGCACACACAGAAGGAGGAGCAGGCCUUCCUCAGCCGCUUCCGUGACCUUGGCAGGCUGCGUGGACUCGAUGGCUCCUCCAAAGCCCCCUCAGCCCCUGGUGAGCGAGGCUGCCGCCAUGGCCCCACACCCCCUGGCCGCCGACACCACUGCCGAUCCAAAGCCAAGCGCUCACGUCACCACCAGAUCCCCCGGACUGAAGCCCCCUGCUAUGUCUCUCACCCCUCACCUGUGCCACCCUCUGCCCCUUGGCCUCCACCACCAGCUACUACCUUCCCAGCUGUGGUCCAGCCUUACUCCCUCCCAGUGUUCUCCCCCCGAGGUGGCCCCCAGCCUCUUCCCCCUGCCCCCACAUCUGUGCCCCCUGCAGCUUUCCCUGCCCCCCUGGUGACCCCAAUGGUGGCCUUGGUGCUCCCUAACUAUCUGUUCCCUACCCCAUCCAGCUAUCCCUAUGGGAUACCCCAGACCUCUGCUGAGGGGCCUCCUACCCCUGUCUCCCACUCCCCUUCUCCAUCCCUGCCCCCACUGCCCCCCAGUCCUCCCCACCGCCCGGACUCUCCGCUAUUCAACUCGAGAUGCAGCUCCCCACUCCAGCUAAAUCUGCUGCAGCUUGAGGACUCCCCCCGUGUUGAGGGGGUUGCUGUUGCAGGAGGCCCUGGGAGCAGUGCUGGGCCCCUGCCUCCGAGUGAGGAGGCUGCUGAGCCAGAGGCCAGACUGGUGGAGGUAACUGAGUCCUCCAAUCAAGAUGCACUUUCGGGCUCCAGUGACCUCCUGGAGUUGCUGCUGCAAGAAGACUCUCGCUCUGGCACAGGCUCUGCUGCCUCGGGCUCCUUGGGCUCUGGCUUGGGCUCUGGGUCUGGUUCAGGCUCCCAUGAGGCGGGCAGCACCUCAGCCAGCAUCACACGCAGCAGUCAGAGCAGCCACACAAGCAAGUACUUUGGCAGUAUCGACUCUUCAGAAGCUGAGGCUGGGGCUGCCCAGGCCAGGGCUGAGCCUGGGGACCAGGUCAUUAAGUACGUGCUCCAGGAUCCCAUCUGGCUGCUCAUGGCCAAUGCUGACCAGCGUGUCAUGAUGACCUACCAGGUGCCCUCCAGGGACAUGGCCUCGGUGCUGAAGCAGGAUCGGGAACGGCUCCGGGCCAUGCAGAAGCAGCAGCCUCGGUUUUCAGAGGACCAGCGAAGGGAACUGGGUGCUGUGCACUCCUGGGUCCGGAAGGGCCAGCUGCCUCGGGCUCUUGAUGUGAUGGCUUGUGUGGACUGCGGUAGUAGCACCCAGGACGCUGGCCACCCUGAUGAACCACUCUUCUCGGAACUGGAUGGAUUGGGGCUGGAGCCCAUGGAGGAGGGUGGAGGCGAAGGUGGAGAUGAGGCCCGGGCCCAAAGUGGGGCCAGGGUCUCAACCUCUGAGGACCUGGCCAUGGAGGAGGGAGAACAAGGUGGGAGCUCAUCCAGUCCAGCCUUACCUGCCACAGAAAAUGGCACCAGCUAGACUACAUUUUGGGGCCUCCAGGAGUACAUGAGAAGCUUCCUUCGCCCACAUUGCAACUCUCAGAACUCAUAUGUGGCUGGACCAACCAAUAGCAAACUGCCCCAGCUUCUCCUGCUGUAGGGGGCCGGACCCCCAUCACCAGCCCAGGACCCAGGGGCUGCCUCUAGCCUAUGAGGGGACAAAGGGUGGAACUCUUCAGCCCAGCCUAGAGAAGCCUCACCUCCCACCCUUGGUGAGGAGUCCUUUCCCCUGGACAAGGUUGCUGACAGGCUGCUGGAGUGGCCUCCGCGAGUCCCAGCUGAGCCCAAGUCCUGGUCCCCGAGGGUUGUAGGCUGCACUUAUUUAUUGGGGGAGGCAGCCUUCUCACCCACCUCCUCCCCAGAUGGGAGGAGGAGGGCCUGAGGCCCAAGCAGGAGCCAAUGGUCCAAACCCCUAGCUGCUCCAGGGUGGAGGAGGUUGGUGGACCAUGGAGUCCCUGGUGCUGCCCCUCAGGUGGGACCCAGGCGUUCUCAGCUGUACCCUCUACCGAUGACAUUUGUGUUUUUGAUAUUGUGUCUGUUAAUAUUUUUUAAUACAAACAAACAAACAAAAA